AUGGGAACUGUAGUCUACAUAAUGUCGUAUAAUUAUUGCGCCAGUUGCAACAACACAAAAAGGUUGUUUGACAGCGUGAAAUCUGCGGUGAUGCAUUGAGCGCUGCGGUCAAUGGAUCGGAUUCGUGACACCGUCUAGGACGUGAUUUAUGAGGGGGUGAACGAUCUUAUUCCUCCUUCCACCCCUCACCCAGAUGAUGGAGGAUUUCUCCGGACUGGCCCUGCCGCCUCUCUUUGGGGGCCACAUCCUGGAAGCAGAGCUGGAGCCAGGUGGGGUGGAACUGGGCCCAGGGGAGGUAGAGCUUGGCCCUGGGGUCAGCGAGUUGCUAGAGGGCAGAGGUCAAGGGUCAGGAGCAAGGCCAGAGCAGGAGGAGGAGAGGAGAGAAUUGGAGAAGAGGAAGUACCUGGCUUUGAUCAAGAGGUGUAAGGAGAUCGAACAGGUGAAUGAGAAGAUCCUUGGUCGCCUUCACCAGGUACAAAGACUAACACGUCACAUGAAGAAAGAGAGAAGGUUCCUAAUGAAGACCCUCGACGUCCAUGGAGAUGACUAUAGAAAUGCACAGCUCACCAUAUCGCUUGAGGAAGAGUCUGGUGCCCAUUUAGACAUCGGCCCUGGAGUAGACGAUGAUAGGCUGAAUGACCUCCCUAGCUCCUCCCCCUCUGUCCCUUUCCAAUCCACAGUGGGAUCCAAGAAGAAGAGGCAUCGAGUUCCAAAACAGGAGAAAGACCCACAGACUGAAGCAGACAUCUCCAUGUUGGCAGAGACGCAGUUCAAUGACUUUCCCAGCCCAACCGCUUUGUCUCACUGACCAGGGGAAUGGCCGGUAGCUAGUGGGAGGAGAAAUGAAGCAGCAUUCUGUUGCUUGGCCUCCCACUUCCCCAGACGUGAUGUCACUGAAACACAUACAGCCAGGGCUGUAAUGAAAAACAUAGUGGAUAAGAUUAUCAUUUAUGCACAACUAUGGUCUGUGGAAAUGGCUGAAGGUCUUGACCAUGAUAAUCCACCCACCAAUUCUGAUCGAGUAGAGAAUGGAUGGUCCGGUCCUUGCGGAAGUUACAUUGACAGUACAUGUAUUGAUGUGAACCUUUUAUCAGGAUACUCUGAACAUGUUGUAUGAUUGUUUGUCGACGUGACGCUUACUAAAUGUUCCGUAUAAAAUGUUUAUUCAGAACUUCA